AUGUCUUUGGAGUUCGGUUCGGACAACACCCUUCAGAUAAGAUGCUCCUACAUGAUAGAAAAAUAUAAAAAGAAGCUGCAAAAGGUGAAGCAGCUUAAGAGGGAUAUCAAGGCGUCGCUCGAGAAAAAGAGUAAAGAGUUCUACAUGGACAGAUAUUUUCUCAAUAAAGAAAAAGAGCACCUGUACAGCGAACUGGCAAAAGAGAAGGAAAAAAUGGAAAUAGAACAUCUCGAAAAAACGAAGGAACUAUACAACAGCUACUUUGCAGAUAUAUUUUUGUACGAACAGGAAUAUUACCAGUGUAUUUAUAAAGUGUUUAAGAAUUUGCUACUGAAGAAGGAAGAAAUUGACGACAAGGAAAGGCGCGUUCUUAAGUUGCAAGAACACGCUCGGAUGACGCUUUCAGACAGGAACGUAAGCGAAGGGCUGGGCGAAAAGAUAAGGGAAAACAAAAACGCACACUCAAACGGAAACGAAGCUGUGGAAAAAAAAACUGGACGUGCUUACGGGGCCUCGGACAACCAUCAGGAGAAAACGGAGCAUGGCCAAGACGACAACCAUUUCGACAUAGACAAUCUAUGCGAUCUUAACAUUAACGAAAUUUAUCAAAGCAUCAUACUGGACCAAGGAGAACGUCCACACAACUUAAGCAACAAAGGUGAUGAAUUCUCGAAGUCCAUUACGGGGCUGAUUCAAGAGGGCACGCAUUCUCCCCAGUUCUUGGAUGAACAGUACGAAUUUGGCACUGAACAAUGUGGCAGGGAACAAUCUGGCAGUGAACAGUGUAGCAAUGUGUCCAGAAGGGAAGGAAGGGAUCGUGGGGAAGAAGGAAUAGAAAAAAGUGCCACAUGUAAGAAACACGAAAUUUUGGAGCUGAGUUCACUAGGAAAAGGGAACGCCCCCACAGAAGAGCUACGUAACCGACUCAAAAGAGAAGACAAUUCCGAGUAUGACGAGGCGAUCCAAGAAAAUGUUCCCACUUCGCUUGGACAACUCAGGCAAACAGACUGGCACGCCGGAGGGGGAAGAGAAGCUGAUGGGCAUUAUCCGCAAGAUGUACGUUAUAAGCAUGGCGUAAUGGACUGGGACGACGCAGCCGAGGAUGACCACUCAGGUGGGGGAAAAAAGGUGACCCACCGUGAAGACGACAAAGAGAGCACCCAUUCCAAAUCGGGAGGAACAGAACAAUGCGAGGAAAUGAGCGAAGAGCGAGAAGAAGGCGAAGAUGGCGAAGUAGAGCCAGGUGGGAGCAUCCAUUUUGUUCACCAAAAAGAAGAAAUAAAAUGCCUGGCAAAUGAGGAGACAUGUAAAGGGGAAGAAGAUGACCAAAGUGAGUACGACCCAAAUGAGUACGACCCAAAUGAGUACCCCCCAAAUGAGUACCACCCAAGUGAGUACCACCCAAAUGGUAAUGAUGCAUACAUAACUAGUGAACAUUUAGAAGCUGCGGAAUGUAUGCAAGGCGAGGAAGCGGAUGAACGGCAUCGACGCAGCGUGAUCGAUGUUAAUCCGCUGAGCCACGCAGUUAAAGAAGAACUAAGAAAUAACGACCUUUUUGAAAAGAGUGAGGUCGAAAAUCGGCAACAGGAUAAUGCCGAACUGGACCAAGUGAUAGAAAAUAACAUCGACUUUAAUAUAUCGAGUUACUUUAGUGGAAGCUACGACGACAUCGCUGAUUGUGCGGUGUUAGAGAGGAUCGACGAAGAGGUGGUUGCACUGAACGAUGAUGGUGGCGAUGAUGACGGCGAUGGUGGUGGUGAUGAAGAUGACCUCUAUUAUGGAGAUGACGAACCGGAAUAUGACAUGAUCAAAGAGCGCGACUCGGGUGUGGAUCCGGAAGAGCUGAAGGACUCCUCCGAGAAGGACCACGGCAGAGAAGGGGACACACAAAAUGGGGAAAUCUGCACAGUAGGGGAUCCAACCGAGCAAAUGAAUCCGAACAGACAAAUCGGCCUCGAACUGCAGAGAAAUCAAACCAGUCCCAUAAAAAAAGAGGAAUACCCGCCCCAAGGAAACAACCCCUUCUCAUCCUUCAAACAGCACAUUAACAAUUUCUACACUGAAUAUGAACACAUGAGAAGGUUCAAUGAAAAUAACCACAAUAUUAAGUCAUCCAUUUUUAACACUCUGUAUAGUUACGACAACGACUAUUCCAUUCCGAUAGAGAAGAUGAAAACCUUUGAGAAUUACGUGGAGGAGAUUGGUCAGCUGGAGCCUUAUGAGCAUAUCUUAAGCUUCAUCAACGGAGGGGGUGAGGAGCAGCCUGCUGCGGAUUGUGAUGAUGACCCGAAUGAAAGCUCUCAUGUUAUAAGGGACAGACCAGUGGAGACUGAGGUCAACUCCAAUUUGGGCCUACACACAGUUAAAGAACUCAUAAAUUACGUGAGUGCAAGCGCCAAGGAAAACCAGAAAGAGCCAAGCGUCUUCAAAAAAAAGUACAGAGAGAAUGAAACAACGCUUCAAUAG